AUGGCUUGUAAAUAUUCUUAUCUUCUGAUAGUCUUCCUUCUUUUUUCAAUCCAAUCCUCCAUGUCUCAAUCUAAAACCUACAAACCCCAGAAGCAAGCUUUCAAAUUCCUUCAAAAUCUAAAGGAAAUCCACAAGGGCCAAACUGUUGUUGGGCUUGAUGAAGUGAAAAAAUUCCUUGUUGGAUUUGGAUACUAUCUAAACCCUUGUUCCACUCGUAAUUUAAACAAUAAUUUUGAUGAUCAAUUGGAGUCUGCACUUAAAAGAUAUCAAAAUUUUUUCCAUCUCAAUAUUACUGGAAUUCUCAACUUCGAAACUAUACAGAAGAUGAUGAUUCCACGAUGUGGAGUACCUGAUGUCACCGAUAUUACAUCCUUAAAUCAGUCUAUAAACUCUAAUAUUGGUCCCCAUUAUGCAUUUCCAGCACGUAUGCCAAAAUGGAACAAGUUUAGCCUCACUUACUUGUUCCUCCCCAACGUCCCAAAUUCUCAAGAUGUGAGGGCUGCUUUUUCAGGAGCUUUUCAAAGUUGGCAGAUUGUAUCCAAGUUCCAUUUCCACGAAGCAGCUGCUGGUGAAAUACAAGAUCUUCAUAUUGGAUUUUACACUGGUGCUCAUGGGGAUGGCCAUCCUUUUGAUGGACCUGGCAAGGUGUGGGCUCAUUCUUUCUAUCCAAGAGAUGGAAGGUCACAUUAUGAUGCUAGUGAAAAUUGGACCACUAAUCCUGCUGGUAACCAAGUGGACGUACAGUCUAUUGCUGUUCAUGAAAUUGGUCACCUUUUGGGUCUUGCACAUAGCCAGGAUCCCAAUGCUGUUAUGUAUCCUACAAUUGGAUCUGGGGUUAUUAAAAGGGUUCUUAGUCCAGAUGAUAUUGGAGGCAUACAAACUCUAUACCCUUAA